AUGCCUACACGAGGUGGUCGUAGAUCGUGGGGAAGAAGCUCUUGCGGUUUUCAGGGGAAUUUCAGUGCUAGGGAAGCUUUGCGAAGAAGAAGAAUGAAUGAUGAAACAGAUGAUCUCAUUAAAUUCUCAUCGGGUCCGAAGUUAUCAUAUGAACUUGUUGAGGAACCAAACCGCCCUGUUUCAUCAGACAAGGCGGUCACAUCUGAAAAGAAUGCGGAUCCAUCACUGAACAAAAAUGGUUCAUUCGGAGGACCGACAGAAACGAAACCGUCACAGGGCGGUGUUCUGGAGAACCAGGCGUCACCCCCACCACCGACAGGAACAAAAAGCACGAGCGAAGCCCCUGAGACACAGGACGGUGUUCUGAAGAUCCAGCCGUCAGCCCCACCACCGACAGGAACAAGGAACACGAGGGAAGUCCCUGAGACACAGGACGGUGUUCUGAAGAUCCAUCCGUCAGCCCCACCACCGACAGGAACAAGGAACACGAGGGAAGUCCCUGAGACACAGGACGGUGUUCUGAAGAUCCAUCCGUCAGCCCCACCACCGACAGGAACAAGGAACACGAGGGAAGUCCCUGAGACACAGACCGGUGUUCUGGUAAACCAGGCGUCACUCCCACCACCGACAGGGACAAAAAACACGAGGGUAGCUCCUGAGACCGGUGUUGUGAAGAUCCCGUCGUCAGUUCCACCGCCGAAAGAAAAAAGGAAUACAAGGAAUGUCCCUAAGGUCGACAUUGUGAAUGUCAUAGCUUCAGCUAUGCCACUGGCAGAAACAAACAAUAAGAAAGAAGUCCCCAAAGUCAAUGUUGUAAAGGUUCAAACUUCAGCUAAACCAGUACCAGAAGCAAGGAAUGCCAAGCCACCCGGUAAGGACUUGCCAACAACUGAGGAGAAAUUACAUCACGUCGACAAAAAAUUGCCAAAAACUAAGCAAACCGUUGUUGCUCAACCUAAAAAGAAGAUUCCUGUUCCGCUACAGAAGCGUUUGUCCGACCCAAUAGUUACUCCUGUGAGCGAUGAAUUUCCUACCGAAGACCUUGAGGGGCAAUGGGUGCCACCGAAAGAAAUUGUUGUGGAAGAGAAACCAAAAUUGGCGUCAAAAGCCAAAGGAGGAGCCAAAGAAGAGAAACCGACAUGCGUUGGACCGUCUGGCGUUGUGAAGAAAGAACUAACUCCUUUGGAACAAAAAGUUGCAACUACUACGAACGUGGCAUCCAAAGGCGUGGCUGUUAAGAAGUCCAUAUCGGAUCCAAUUGUAACACCUGUGAGCGAUGAGUUUCCCACUGAGGAUUCGAAAGAAUGGAUCGCCCCUAAGGAAGUUAUAGCACGGGAACAACGAUUUUUCGUCCGGAGAGAUAAUUGUCUUGAUGGUGACCAACACAAAGGCGAUGAACGCAUCAUAUCAGAUCCAUUGGUCAGUCCAUGUACAGAUGAAUAUCCUACUCCUACUGACGCUGAUAAAGAAGCGAUGCAGAAGGUAGACGUCAAAUUGACGGGAGAUGUGAAGCCUACUCAGCUUGUCUCCGCUCCUUUGGAAAAUUUCAAGAAUGGUUGUCCAAAAGUUGGUGGUUACUUUGACCCACCAACUACAACUCCUACCCCAGACAGAGAUGAAACGACAAAAUCGCAAUUGACCCGAUCAGAUUUCCAAAGUGUUAGUGAAGUUGGACCUUCGGCUGCGCAGCAAAUACAGUCCAAAACACGUCCUACUGAAGCAAGCCCCGCACAGAAGAAGAAAACUUCCAAAAAACAUAGAGGAAAAGAACAUGGCAGGAAAGAUAAAAAGAAGAAAAGUAUGUUGGAAGCAUUCACAAAAGUGUUAAGACCACGCACCAAUAAACGGGCCAAAUCUAAGGAUUUCCCAGUCACCAAUUGA